CUCACUUGUCGCUGUCACUCGCUCUCACACACACUUUCCGACCAGGUGACCCUUAGACGAUCCCGAGGUGGGGGGACAGGGCGGCGUUUGCAGGAGCAGAGGAGGCCGUUUCGGACGGGGGACAGACAGAAAGCCGGCUAGUUCCAGAGGUGUUUGAUCCCUUGGGGUGGACCGGGAAGAUGUCAAAGUCAAAGAGGAAGAAGCACAAGAAAUCAAAACAGAGGACACCCUCACCAGAGAGCGAGCAAGAUAAGGCGGGAAAUAAGCAGACAAAAGCGGCAUCUGAGAAGAAGAAGGAGGAGCCAAAAAAGGAGGAAUGCCACAAGAAUCAUCAAAGCCCAGGAAAGAAGCGUAAAGGAGAGGAGAGAGACAGGACCUUUCCACAGCCACAAAGGUUAUCCAGCACCAUAGUAUGCAGCCCAGACACAAACCGUGUGCUGAAGAAGCCUGUGUACCGUUUAUCCACCCCUUCAGCUGAGAAAAAGGGCAGCAGAAAAGUAAAAGGGGAAGAGGACACAGAACAACAGCACAGGACAAAUGAGGAGAAAGUGGCUGGAAAGAAACGCCAGGCAUCAAACACCUCUGCCACAGAAGCCUCGGCUAAAGACAGUAAGAGCACCCCUGUCAGCGCUGAAAGGAGCCGCUCACGCCGGCAGUCCCACAGCACCCCAUCUUCAGCGGCCAGAAAAGACGGGGUGCCCCCAUCCCUAGAGCGGAACUCUGGAUCUUCAAUCAAAGCUGAACGCAGCAGCACCCCAUCUUCAACGGCCAAGAAAGAUGGGGCACCCACUUCCCAAAAGCGAAGCGCUGCUGGUUCUGAGAUCAAGGCCAGCCCCAGCACUUCCAGUCCAUCAUCGAGCACUGUGAAAAACACCUCGUUGGAUCUGCAGGAGGAGCGUAAGAAGCUGGUGAGGAGGAGGUCCGAGGGGGAGGAUUACGAGCCUGCUGCUAAGACCUCCAGGAGCAGGCCGGUCAGUCCUUCACAGCCAGAGGAGCUACAGGAGGCAAGGAAGGCACUAGUGGAGAAGAAGAGGAGGAGGUCUGUGGAGCAGGAGGUGAAGGCAGGUGUCCUAUCAGCUGAGAAGGAGAAAGGGGAGAAUGGGGGCAUGGCACAGGAGGAUGGGGAGAGGAGGAGAACUAGUGGCAACCUCAGUUCUGCUUCAUCCAAACUCACUGGCUCUGCUAGACCAGGCUUCACUGCUUCUGCACCUCAAAGGGCUUUAGGGGCGACUGCCCCUGUAAGUACGACAACAAUGGAUGCUGCCCCCAAACCGCAGCCGAUGGUCAACUUCAGGAUCCCCAAGAAGAAACCUACUGCUGUUUUGCCUCAGGCAGACAUCUGGAAAGAGGCUGACCAGAGCCCAGCCGAUCCUACCACCUCCACCACUCCUCUUAAGCCGCUCCGUAAACCAUCAACAACACCUACAACACACCAACAUCUGUCAACAUCAGAGGUUCUGUCUACUGGACCUCAUGAAUCCACCUCCACAACGGUACCAAAGCAGGACACUCCUGCCUCCUCAAAACUUCUCUCUACCUCAGGAGCAGGUCAACCUGCUUCCUCACCUAAAGGGCUCUUUAUACCAAGAACUGUUAAGCCUCUGAAGCCUGCAACGCCUCCCACAGGCAAACCUCCAGAGCAGCACCAGAAGGACGUUGGUAAGCCAAAGGCGAGCCGUUGGGAUGUUUGUGAUCCAAAAACAUUCCGAUCAGAUGUUCGUAAGCCACAGGAGUCGCAGGCGGAUGUUUGUAGGCCACAGAAGUUACAAUCGGAUGUUCAUGAUGGACAAAAGUUCCAUUCGGGUGUUUGUGAGCCGCAGAACUUCCAAACUGAGGCCGAGUCGUCUGUGACACCUGUGCGUGUCCCUGAGCAGUCGCUGGUGAUGCCGCCCAACACAGCCAUCCAACCCUUCGUCUGGAACACACAGGCAGCAGCAUCGUCAUCUUCCAUUAUUUUACCAGAGAAUAAUCAUAAUAUGGGAGACGGUGAUCAAGAGAUGCAGCUGCUGGAGGAGUUGCAUCAGGCCAGGUGUGAGCAUCGUCUGCAGGUGAACGUGGUUGAGAGCUAUGGUGAGCUCACCGCCAUGGACAUAGACCCGCCAGAGGAGGGCGCCACAUCCUCACCUGUCCUUAGUAAAGACCUGGCGCAGCAAGAGUUGAUCAUCGUGCUGGACACCAACAUCCUGUUGAGUCACCUGGACGUGGUGAAGAGGAUCCGCUCCCAUGGCCUCGGGGCGCUGGGCUUCCCCGUGCUCCUCAUCCCCUGGGUAGUUCUGCAGGAGCUGGACUCCAUAAAGAAUGGCAAGCUGAACAGCUCGGUGGGGCGCCGGGCCACUCCGGCCGUGCACUACAUCUACACCUGCCUCAAGAACCAGGAGCAGCAACUCUGGGGACAGUCCAUGCAGCAGGCCUCACAGGCACUCUGUGGGCUACAGGUUGAGAAUAAUGAUGACCGUGUGUUGCAGUGCUGCCUACAGUACCAGAAGCUCUGCCCAAAGAGAGGCCUCAUCCUCUGCACGAAUGAUAAGAACCUGUGUAGUAAGGCUGUGUUGAGUGGGGUUCGAGCGCUCAGCAAGGCAGACCUGCUGCAGGAGGUGGAGCGCCUGAAGCCAGGGGUCCUUAGCCCCUCUGCUGUGCCCACGGCUGCCCAACACACUGCCUGCCCCAGCUGGCAGUCUGAGCAAAAAGAUGUUGACAGGAGCAAGAUGGACCCCAAAAGCCCUCAAGGUGAUAGCACAGUGGAGCAGAGAGAGGCAGAAAGAGCGAGGGAGCAAGAGAGGGAGAGGGAGAGAGAGAGAGAAAUGGCGUUGGCGCGUCAGCUGAGCGAGUGCGUGUGUCUUCUGGAGGACAGCCUGCAGAGGGCGCUGUCCCGCAUUCUGGAGCAGGAGAUGAAGCAGGCCUACGCAGAACUAUGGACUGAGAUCGUGAUGGUGAAGCCCCCAUGGAGUCUGCAUGACGUGCUGCAGUGUGUCUCCAAGCACUGGAUAGCCGUCUUCGGGAGCAUCGUACACAGAGGCCUCAAGAGCAAUAUCACGCAGCUCAUCGAAUGCUUAUGUUCAGACGACACUGUGGACGUGGAGUGUGUGUGCCAGGCGGUGGCCGUGGCAGUGGACCUCCUCUCUGGCUUCAGCAGCAGGUCUGACUAUGGAGGCGUCCUCACCCAGACCAUCAAUACACUACAGGACAUCCCACACCGCCUACUGCCCCAGGCUGCCGGGUCCCCAAAGGCAGCAGUGGACGAUGACUCUGUGAUGGGUGAUGUGGAGGUGGCCCAGCCCUCUGCAGCUCAGCACGCGGACGUCUGGCGCCUCUUCCAGCGCAUGUGGGACACCGUCACCCAGCACAGCGAGGCUGCGUUCUCAACGUUUGGCUAUGUUAGGGGCUCCAUGGGAACGGCUCCCUCCAUAGUGGGUCCUCCUCCUUCGCAGGAUGAUCUCCGCACGCUCCAUGGCCUGCUCACAGCCGUCACCCAGCUGCUACACACCUUUCAGAGGCUUCUCUCUGAUGACUCUUCAGUAAAUGAUGCUCAGUCUCUCAUCACCUUCAUCCAGACCACUGAGAUUGCCGCUCUAGAGCCUCAUUUUACCGCUCAGGACCUUUACGACUGUUUGUCACAGCAAGAGUACAGACAGAAGCUGUGUUUUGGCGCUUCCCAGCUGUCGGAGGUGCGGGACAAUCUGGAGAGCUGCGCUGCUAUGGUGGCGAGCAGGUGGGGCUGACGGACGGAUCACCUCCACAACACACACACACACACACACACACACACACACACACACACACACACACACACACACACACACACACACACACAGUCAGCGCUCUACUAUCCCCAGAAUACCCUUAGUGCUGCACCCAGCAGCCUCAACAUCCCUCAUUUCUCACAUUAUUCACUCCCACCCCAAAACACACACACACACACACACACACACACACACACACACACACACACACACACACACACACACACACACACACACACACACACACACACACACACACACACACACACACACACACACACACACACAAUCAAUAAUUUGCUAAAUUGUCUUUAGAAACACUUGAUGCUACUACAGCUGUAUCCCCACCUACCAGCACACCCAGAAUCUAAUCACAGUUAACACCCCAUCCCAUCAAUUCAACACAAACAAAAAAAGUACACAUGCAUGCACAGGAAAUCACCCACUUUGAUCCUAUCAACCCUAUCCAAAAGCCAAUCCGAUUAGGCCACAAAAAUCACCUCGAAAUCCAUGAGCCUGUACCUGAACCCUGCCAAGAAUGCAAACCACCUGAAGACAUGAUGAGAUGAAGACGUGAUGAUGCCAAGUCAUAACAGCAGUCUAGAGCUACUGUACAUCCAGCCAUAUGCCCUCCUCCUGGCUCCCUUGAUGAAGUCUCACCACACCAGAAACCAGAAGUGGACCCGACCCAAAAACCCUCCCAGACAACCUCAGGGAGAAGAUGUUUACAAGGAGCUUACAACCAAAGCGAAUUUGUUUGCUGUUUUCGUUUGGUUUUGGCUUUUUGGCUUUUAUACUCCAAGGACUUAAGCUAUAAGCAACUAAACUUCUUUUGUUUUUUAUUGUUAUUUGACAUUGAGGUUUUUUGUUUAUUUAUGAAUUCAGGGACCAUUUCUUAAAGUGAUGCAAACAGUAGCAAUACAGUAUCUUGAACAGCACCACCCCAUCUCUCUACUGGAGAUUGUACAGGUCAAGGGACCCAUGGUCAUGGUACCAGUGCUUCAUCAUCCUUCAUCAUGCUCCCCAGUCUGAGGAGGUAUUCCAAGACUAUGGUUAAGUAAUAACCCUGGCUGUGUUAACCUACACAAGCUGGUGAGCCUGCUAAUACAGCCACGGAAACAAAUUAGGAGACCACUUGAGUUUUUUUCAGAUUUUACUACUUAUAGGCAUGUGUUUGAUGAAAAUGAACAUUGUUGUUUCAUUCUAUAAACUACUGACAGCAUUUACUCCGAAUGUUUCCUACCCAUAUAUUGUCGUUUAGAGCAUUUAUUCGCAGAAAGAUACAAUUACUCAAAUAACACAAACGAUGCAAUGUUUUCAGACCUAACAAAAGAAAACAAGAUGAUAUUCACUUUAAAACAAAACAGUAGCAAUGUUUUAACUUGGGAAUGCAUCUUGCCAUGUUAUCCACCAAGUUUUUCACAUCAUUCUUAGGUGACUUCAUUCCACUGCUGGUGCAAAGAUUCAAGUCGCUAGGCUUUGUUUGAUGACUUGUGCCCACCCCUCUUCCUUUUGAUCACAUUUCAGAGGUUUUUUUCCACAGGGCUCGGGACUGGAGAUUGGGCUGGCCAUGACAGGGUCUUGAUUUGGUGGUCCUCCAUCCACACAAUAAUUGAUCAAGCUACGUGGCUCAGAGUAUUGUCCUGCUGAAAAAGACAAUCAUCAGAGUUGGGGGACAUUGUCCAAGUAGAAGGAAGCAAGUUUUCCUCUAAGAUAACUUUGUAUGUGGAUUCAGUAGCGCAAUCUUCACGAACAUGAAUCUAACCGGUUCCAGCCUUGCUUGAAGCACCCUCGAAUCAUUUCCUAUUCUCGGCUAAAUGUCACAGCUGGUGGAAGACACUGUGGUUUGUAGACCUCUCAAAGUCUCUGUCGAACCAUGAGAUGACGACGUGUUGGAUUGGAAGUUAUAUUUAGCCAAGGAUUGGUUAUGUUCUGAGGGAGCUUCAGCAAGUUUAGAAUUGGGCAGAUUCAUCUUUGCAAACUACUUAAAUCACAUAUAUCUUGGACCAAAACUUGCCUCCUUCUGCUCUGACAAUGCCCCCGAACUCUGAGGACUGUUAUUUUUAUCAGCAGGACAAUGCCCCAAGCCACAGGGCAGUCAUGGUACCGUUUCGUCGUACUGCUCCCUUUCGGGCGCCAUUAGGGGCUGCCCCCUUGUACGGGUGAGCCAUAAAUUCAAUUUGGUUGUGUGCAGUGUACACUUGUGUGCUGUGGAGUGCUGUGUCAGAAUGACAAUGGGAGUUGGAGUUUCACAGGGGCUUUUUUCAGCUUUCACACAGCUUGGUCAAUCAAGGUUUGGAUGGAGGACCACCAGAUCAAUACCCUAUCAUGGCCAGCCCAAACUUGAGGCCCGAGCCCCAUUGAAAACCUGUUUAAUGUAAUCAAAAGUAAGAUGAAUGGUCACAAGCCAUCAACCCAAGCUCAGCAGCUUGAAUUUUUGCACCAUGACUGGAAUAAAGUCAUCUAAGAGCAAUGUGAAAGACUGGAGAAAAGCAUACCAAAACGCAUGAAAGCUGUGAUUAAAAAUUAGGCUUAUUCCAACAACUAUUUGUUUUCUUUGCUUUUUUUGAGGUCUGAAAGCAUUGCAUCUUGUGUUAAUUCGACUAUUUGUCCUUUUCUGCUGAUAAAAGCUGUAAAUGCGAUAUUUUCAUUCGAAAUUCAAAGGAAAUGUCAGUUUUAUGGGCUGUAACUAACGAUUAUUUUAAUAGUCGACUAAUUGAUAGAUCUAGUCAUGAUUAGUUACGAUUAGUCAUGAAAAAAAAGACUUGCUCCAACCUCCGACAAACCUUCCUGGCUUCUAGCGCAGAGAAAUGAAAAAAAUCUUACAGCUCACAAUGAGCUUUAAAUCAUGAUAGUAGCUUAUUUACUCCAACAUACAACGUCCAUUUCAUAUGUGCUGGGCAAUGUUAGGUUUAGUAAUAAUAAAACAUUAGUAAAGUAAAUUAAAAAAGCAUUGAAUUAAAUGAAACGAUUAGUUAAAAAUGACAUUUUGUGUCGACAUUUUUUUAUUGUCGAUUAGUCACGAUUAGUCGACUAAUCGUUGCAGCCCUAGACAACAAUGUUCAUUUUAAUCAAACACAUGCCUACUUUGUAAAAUCAGUCAAACGAAUCAUUUCGAAAUUGUCUCUGUUUCUUUUCCGCUACUGUAUUUAGGUUGUGGAUAUCAGUUAACUGAAGAAGAGGACUCCUGACUAUUUUUAUUAAAUGAUUUACCCCUUGCCGCCAGAUUAACUUCACCUGAUUUGCUACUGAACUGCCGUCUUGGAAUAUCCCCCUGGCUUAUGGAUCUGUGGGAAAUUAGGUUAUGGUUUGGGAUAAUGACUUGCAUAAGUCAAUAGUCUGGUACUGGCCCAAAGAGAAAACAAAAGGGGAAAUCCUUCUGGAAUAGGUAAUGAAGGGACCUGAAACGUAGCCAGAUUUGUGUGUUUGGGUUUUAAAUGUUCACAAAGCGUUCCUGAGAGGCUUCUGUGGAGUGGAAAACAGUGCUGCUGGCUUGAGUUACCGUUUUGAGCGCCACAGUGGAACUCUACACCACCACCACUGCCACCGCCAUCGACUUGGCUGGCUGCGAAUGAGAGCAUGGGCUCUGGAGAAAGCCUCACAUGCGUUACCACUCCUCUCGUUCCCCACCCUCGACCAGACCAGUCUGCCGUCUUCCCCCUCCUCCCCUCUUCCUCUUCACCUCAACCCCACCUACUGUAGUUCCUCUAAGCUCACUCCAGCCAUAGGCAUGUACAGUAUAGAGCUGUACGUCUAUGACUCCAGCUUUCUAACCCCUCCCUCUCUUACCUCACCUCAAUCCACACCUCACCCACUUCCUGUAGGCAGGAAAGUAAGCAAGCAAGCAGGCGAGCGGGCAGGCAGGCAGGGAGGGAGGCAGGCAGGGAGGGAGGCAGGCAGGCAGGCAGGCGGGCGGGUUAGGAGGCAGGCGGUCUGUAACCCUGCCCUCAGGCAGUGACACAUCUAUGCUAUCGGUUGGCCUCUGUGGUUAUGUGUUACAUAAGCGCUCUCUCGCAGCCAGUCAGCCGUAGAGGUAUGCACAUCUGUGACGUCAUGACAGUGCCAGCUUUUGUUCUGCACUGUGGCAUUGUUUUUCCCAUUGUUCAUCAGGCAGGAGAGUAUGCCCAAUAUGUAUAAAUACAGGCAAAAUAUUUUUAUUACUUAUUUUUUAUUACAUAUUUACACUGACUUGCUACAAAAGACGUUAUUUUAUCAUGACUAACUUAUUUUGCACAUUUUUUUCCAUUUUGUUAUGGCAACAAGAAAAUGACUGAAAAAACUUCUUCACAGAAAAAUGUACAUAGUUUUGUGGCAGUAUUGUUUUUGCAAAGAUUGUUUUAUUAAAAAAAAUGAAUUGCUGAAAACUU